AUGUCUGUCGUACUGGAGCUUCCCCGAGAAUAUGGCUACGUCCUCGCCGUCGCCGCCUCGUCCCUCUUCAUCAACACCUACCACUUCCUGCUGACGGCGAAAGCCCGCGGCGCCAGCGGCAUCACCUACCCGACCCCUUACGCGUCGCAGGAGCAGGCCGACAAAAACCCCAAGGCCUACGCCUUCAACGUCGCCCAGCGCGCCCACUCCAACUACACCGAGAACCAGGCCCCGUUCCUGACCGCGCUGCUGAUUGCGGGCCUGCGCUUCCCGACCCCGAGCGCCUGGCUCGGCGGCGUAUGGGUCGCCGCCCGCGUCUGGUACGCCGCCGGCUACACCUCGAUGGGUCCGCCCGGGCGCGUCGGCGGCUUCGUCACCUCGGCGGCGAUCGAUUUUGCGCUCAAGGUCAUGGCUGUUGUCACGGGCUAUAAGCUGGCGCAGGGCCUGUAA